UGGGUGAUGCGGCCGGAGGAGGUGUGUCACGUGACACACCGCCUACCGGCAGUAUCCCUCACCCUUGCCCACGCGCAAGGGUGGUGCCGCACUUGCGCUCCCACUUCACCUUGCAACGAGUUAACUAUCAAACAACAACAACCACUAAUUGACCACUCUUUCCCACUCUUCGUGAUAUUGCGAACUCGGGAUAUCCCAUCGGUUAACCAGUGAAAAACCAACAAUACUCAUCACCAAGCUCACUUGGAUUGAUAAAAAAAAUUCUACGUGACGGCAAUCGGAGUUCGCGGCGUCAAAGGAAGCAGAUACAUGCCGUAUGUGGGCUUGGGUUGGAUCCCUGGUCAUCUGGUUACGCCUGACACUGUUCACGCUGCCAAGAAGGACAUCAAGCAUAUCGCGAAUGCUGACAUCCUCAUUUUCCUUCUUAACUACGAUGAGCAACAUUGGGCUUUGCUCCUGGUUAACCAAAUCGACGGCAGAAUCUACUACGCGGAUUCCAACUGGACUCCUGACUGCGACGCCCUAUUCGCAGACGCAAUCAAGUCUCUUUGGCAAUGGUACUACCACGUGGGUGCGCCAUUGGAUCCUCCAGGUAUCAUUGGGUCGAGUGCAUAUGUGGUCAAUACGACUCAACAAGAGGACGGAUUCACUUGCGGUCUCUGGGUAGCUGAAUGGACCCGGACCGUCCUCCAUCUGGGAGUCUUGUCUCCAAGCUCACUUGGAUUGAUAAAAAAAACUAUACGUGGCGGCAAAGGUAUCGUCAUCAACCCAUUCAUCGCCGGCAUCAAGGAAGAAUCAGACACCGCUCUAGUCUGUCUCGAACUCCCACAAGGGAGCACGUUCAAGGGGCUACAAAUAAAGACACUAGGAACAUGGGGAAAUGUGAUCCAUAACGAUUAUGACGUGACAAAUAUAAAAGAUUAUUCGUUGUUCACGUCAUCUAUAGAAUUUAGAAACAAGCCAAAUUCGCCGGCUCACCGCGCCGACGACACUUUCAAAGACACCCAAGCGCCUGUAGACCCCUCGAUGGCUUUAGAGCGGACUCAAAGAACCCCCUCACUGCGCGAAACAUCAUUCUGACGUCCUACUACACUACACCUGGGUUAUGGUACCGCCUAUUCUACACGC